AUGAGACCACCAAUCAACGAUGGCGGGAAAUGGUACAACGAUAAAGAGGACCUGAGACCAAUUAUCAACAAUGAUGGGAAAUGGUACAAUGAUAAAGAGGACCUGAGACCACCAAUAAAGGAUGACAGGAAAUGGUACAACGAUAAAGAGGACCCGAGACCACCAAUCAAUGAUGAAGGGAAAUGGUACAACAAUAAAGAGGACCGGAGACCACCAAUCAAGGAUGACGGGAAAUGGUACAACGAUAAAGAGGACCUGAGACCACCAAUCAACGAUGACGGGAAAUGGUACAACGAUAACGAGGACCUGAGACCACCAAUAAAGGAUGACGGGAAAUGGUACAACGAUAAAGAGGACCGGAGACCACCAAUCAAGGAUGACGGGAAAUGGUACAACGAUAAGAGGACCUGAGACCACCAAUCAACGAUGACGGGAAAUGGUACAACAAUAAAGAGGACCUGUAACCAAUUAUCAACAAUGAUGGGAAAUGGUACAACGAUAAGAGGACCUGAGACCACCAAUCAAAGAUGACGGGAAAUGGUACAACGAUAAGAGGACCUGAGACCACCAAUAAAGGAUGACAGGAAAUGGUACAACGAUAAAGAGGACCCGAGACCACCAAUCAACGAUGACGGGAAAUGGUACAACGAUAAAGAGGACCAGAGACCACCAAUCAAGGAUGACGGGAAAUGGUACACCGAUAAAGAGUACCGGAGACCACCAAUCAAGGAUGACGGGAAAUGGUACAACGAUAAGAGGACCUGAGACCACCAAUCAACGAUGACGGGAAAUGGUACAACAAUAAAGAGGACCUGUAACCAAUUAUCAACAAUGAUGGGAAAUGGUACAACGAUAAGAGGACCUGAGACCACCAAUCAAAGAUGACGGGAAAUGGUACAACGAUAAGAGGACCUGAGACCACCGUUCAUCGAUGAUGGGAAAUGGUACAACGAUAAGAGGACCUGAGACCACCAAUAAAGGAUGACAGGAAAUGGUACAACGAUAAAGAGGACCCGAGACCACCAAUCAACGAUGACGGGAAAUGGUACAACGAUAAAGAGGACCUGGGACCAAUUAUCAACAAUGAUGGGAAAUGGUACAACGAUAAGAGGACCUGUAACCAAUUAUCAACAAUGAUGGGAAAUGCUACGACGAUAAAGAUGACCGGAAACCACCAAUCAACGAUGACGGGAAAUGGUACAAUGAUAAAGAGGUCCUUUGAUAAUCAAUUAAUGAUGAUUUGAAUAGUAUGUUGAUAGAGGACAGCAGACUAUUGAUUGAUAAUGACAGGUUAUAGUACUCUAAUGUAUGUUUUCUUCUCAAUAUCUGUUAUAGUUAGAUUACUUCAAAAAUAUUGUUAAACGAUUGUCUUAUUGUUUAACAAACGUUUAAAAAAUAAUUCUUGUUUUGUUUUAACUGUCUGUGAUGAAGGACAAGGCUUGCUGGAGCAACCAAGCGAUCAGGAAAAUCUUGGCUGCAUUAGGUUCACCUGAAAGAGAAGACUUGAUGUCAUCAAUAGUCAGAGCAUUUAUCCCAAAUGGAAGAAUGAAGACAUUACAUUGAUCAUGUAUUACUAUUUACUAUAAUUAGGGUAAAGAAUUAAAUGUUUUUGAUUAGUUUUAUUAAGGUUCAGUAAAAAGUGAGAAAUUCAUGUUUGUACAUUAUCAGGGAAAAUUCAGGGAGAUAAAAGCAUUUUCAACAGUAUUUAAAUGUUUCCUGUGGCAAAUUCGUAAAAUUAAAAAAAAAGUUUUGUCUAGAGGAACCCUCCAAUUUCUCAAUUGUAAAAUUUUGAAGUUUGUUUUUAAGUUCUUGAAAAUAAAUCCUGUUUCAUGUAUUAAA